AUGGAAAUUGGAUGGUUCGUGGUCAUUGGAUUAUUUGCAUUUUGUUGCUGUUUUAUCGACCUUUUUGAAUUCUGCAUGUUAAAAUAUCGAAGAUAUAAAGCAACUUGGGAAAUGGAGGAAUUUGAAAAAAUGAUGACACAUAUUGCAGGUCUGAAAUUUGAGAGAUUUUUUUGAAAAAUCCUGAUUUUGUUUGUUGUUGUUAUUUUUCCUCAUUUUCACACUUUUUUCAAAAUUGUUUUUUAUUUUUCCAACAAUAACAAAGAAAAAAAACAGUUUUAUUUUCAAAAGUAGCUAAAAUUUAUUUCUAUUCUCAAUAUUUGCUAUGUUUUUAGUACCGACUACCAGCUAAUAAAAAAAGAAAAAAAAAGAAAAGGAAAUCAAGUAAACAUCCGGUGAAAAACAAGGUUCAGAAAUCGAAAAGAAAACUUUUUUGUUGUUGCAGGAGGACACUUUUUCGGCGUUCCACUUUCACCCAAUGAGCAAGUUUUGCGAGCUGUUUGUUAUUGGUGAGUUUUGGGAUUUUGAACAAAUAUUAUAACGUGGCAAAAAUUGAUAAACUAAUCAGGGCUCAAAAUUAAUCAGAUCCAUAUACUUGGAGUUUUACAACACUAUUGAAAUAUUUGUUGCAACACCAACUCACUUUCAUCUUCAAUUAUUUUUAUGCCCUGAAAUUCUUUGAGAGAGAAUAUUGAAUUUCUCAAAAAAAUUUACACAAAUACUUUACAAUCCAUGAUUAUUUUUCAGUAACAAGGCAAUGUUUGCACAUCACCGUCUUCGCCGAGUUGAUCCUUUGAUGCCAAUUCGAUAUUCAACUGGUGGAAGUUGCGAAACUCCGAUUGUUUUUGCAGAUCUAAACAGUUGA